AUGCCAGUUCGUAAGCAAGAAGCCCAUCGAGCAUUAGAACUGCUGGAAGACUACCACAGCAAAUUGGUAAAGCCGCAGGACCGACAACUGCGCCUUGCCAUCGAGAGAGUAAUUAGAAUAUUUAAAUCUCGUCUCUUUCAAGCACUCCUUGAUAUUCAAGAAUUUUACGAGCUCACUCUUCUCGAUGACACUAAGUCGGUUCAGCAGAAGACUGCGGAAACAAUACGAAUCGCUAAUAAAUGGGAGGCAGAUAACUCUCGCCGAGAAAUAUCUACAGAAGAAAGUGACUAUAGAAGCGUUUCCAAUGCCUUUCUCCAGGAUACCAACAAAAAAUCGGAUUCACGAAAUGCCACACCGGACUCGACGAAGGUACAUUCUGUCGUGCCUCAGAGUGGCGAAACAGAAGUGAAAAAGGUAAGUGAACCGGUGUAG